CAUGACAUGACAUUUAUCAUGGGGAGCCGAGGUAAGUUGUCAAAUGUUGCAUGUCCUGUUCACCACCUCCUCGACAGCCCCAUCUUCAGCUGCAGGUUUCGGCUACUCUGUGAUUACUGUUCUUAUAUUUCUCCUUCUCUCAUUCUCAUCGCCCUUUUGACACCUUUGGACUUUGCACAUCAUCCAAUCCUCUCAGCGACACCCUCAGCGACUCCUGAAGCAACAUAUACCCUAAUCCUCAAACCUUCUUCGAUUCGCCCAAGAACAUAUUCACGAUGGCGUCCCCACAAUCGCUCAGAACAACCACGACCGAUCUGCUGAAGAUCAAGCACCCUGUCAUGCUUGCCGGCAUGAAUGUUGCUGCUGGUCCAAAAUUGGCUGCCGCAGUCACGAACGCUGGCGGUCUUGGUGUUAUUGGCGGUGUCGGAUAUACUCCAGAUAUGCUGCGAGAGCAAAUCGCCGAACUCAAAGGCUACCUGAACGACCAGAACGCCCCCUUCGGUGUUGAUCUCCUGCUGCCCCAGGUCGGCGGUAGCGCGAGAAAGACGAACUACGAUUAUACCAAGGGAAAGCUCGGUGAAUUGGUCGAUAUCAUCAUCGACUCAGGCGCCAAGCUCUUUGUCUCUGCCGUCGGCGUGCCUCCUAGAGAAGUCGUUGACAAGCUACACAAGCAUGGAAUUCUCUACAUGAACAUGAUCGGCCACGUUAAGCACGCGAAGAAGUGCCUCGAACUGGGCGUUGACCUCAUAUGCGCACAAGGGGGAGAAGGUGGUGGCCACACUGGUGACACUCCCACCAGCGUCCUCAUUCCUGCCGUCGCGAAAAUGUGCGCAGAUGCCCCUCCGUCGAAAUUCACCGGUCAGCCCGUCCAGUGCAUCGCGGCCGGAGGUAUCUUCGGCGGACAAUCGCUCGCAAGCGCCUUGAUGCUCGGUGCUUCCGGUGUGUGGGUCGGCACACGUUUCAUUCUCGCCGAUGAAGCCGGUGCUCCCAAGGCCCACCAGGAGGCUGUCCGAACCGCUGGUUUCGACGACAAUGUAAGAACUAUCAUCUUCACCGGACGACCCCUGCGCGUCCGCAACAACGCCUACAUCAGCAAUUGGGAGGAGAACAGACAAGCGGAGAUCAAGACCUUGACUGCGAAGGGGGUUAUCCCGGUUGAGCACGACUUUGAAGAGAAAGGCGAUGACUUGACAGACGAGGACAUGGAAAAUGCCCGCCCAUUCUUGAUGGGUAAGGCUGCUGCGGUGGUCAACGAGAAGAAGAGCGCUCGAGACAUCGUCGACGAGCUUGUCAAUGACGCCGUCAAGGCUCUGCAGAUCGGCAACUCGCUGAUCGUUUCCAAGAGCAAGCUAUAGUGGUUGUCAUCAGGUGCAGGCGGUAUGUGAAUGUGUUAUAAGUAGGACAAUUGACGACAUGUGUUAUGCAAUGAAACAAUUGGGCUUGAA